AUGUCAAGUGCAUCAGAACAACCCGUUAUGUUCAUUUUGGUGAAAGACGCUUUGCUAACAUUUCGAUUAACCCGGUUUAGACUCUCGGAACCUGUCAGGUCGGCCUCGAAUGAGUCCCUCGAAGAGGACAGAUCAACAGGGUUCUCGGCCGACCGUUUUAACUGGGAAACCGACAACAAAAGUGCGGUCAUUGCACCAACACCGCGCCCCCGCCUGAUACUCCACGCACGCACCCACUUUCGCUACUCAGCCAGCCGGCGGAGGCGCAGCAGUGGUGACGAGCGCGUCGCCGCCCGGGACGCGAUGGGCCCGCGGCGCCCGAGCGGGGACCAGGACGACGCCUGCAAGCUGCCGAUGACGAACGACACUUUCCAGCGGUUCCACGUGGCCAAGACUUUCCACGAGCACGCGAGCGCCAUCAACUCCAUGUGCUUUGCCGACAACGGCGACUACCUCGUCACGAGCAGCGAGGACGAUCAGAUCGUUCUUUAUGAUGCGCAACGCUGCAUGAUUAAGAAGACGAUAUUCAGCAAGAAAUACGGUGCAGAUCUUGUCAUGUUUACUCACGAUGUGAAGACAGCCAUUCAUGCUUCGAACAAAAAUGACCAUACAAUUCGGAUGUUGUUGCUGACGGAAAAUCGGUACCUGCGAUACUUCGAAGGACACCAAGGAAAAUUAACGUCUUUACGGAUGUCACCCAAACAAGACAUGUUCGUGUCAGCUUCCGAAGAUAAAACAGUGAGGCUGUGGGACACUCGUUCAACGAAUUCCCAAGGAAUUCUAAGCCUCCCCUGUGUUCCUGCCGUGGAUUUCGAUCCUGAAGGAUUAGCGAUAGUCAUCGCUGGGGAUAAUCGGCGUCUGUAUAUGCACGAUAUUCGGACAAUUGACAGACCCCCCUUUUCGACGUUUAAUUACGAAGAAAAGAUAACUGGAGAUUGGACGGGAGUCAAAUUCAGUCCUAAUGGACGGUACGUAAUGAUCAUGACGACGACCAUGAUUGGAGUGGUGGAUGCUUACGAUGGACGUCUUCUGUGCAAUUUUAAUGAACAUCGUGCCAAUGUUAAUUCCAAUCUUGCAGCAGAAGCUUGUUUCUCCCCUUCGUCUGGGCAUAUUUUCAGUGGUUCCCCGGAUGGAUACCUGUACAUUUGGAAUGUUCGAGAGGACAGUUGCAUUGCGAAGCUGAGUGCGGCUGGGACAUCACCGAUUACCACGAUGAAGUUCUGUCCCACUGCCAUGCUUCUUGCUUCAUCUUACACAGCCACUCGUGCUGGGUUUUCCGUGUCUUUUCGUAACUUGUCGGGGCUGAAGGGAAUUUGGGUGUCGAGCUCGUGGAGCAGCGUUAGAGCGUCAGGGGGUAAAUUCUCGGUUGCCAUGGAGCGUCUUGGCCUUGAAUUUUAUGCCCAAAACUGCGAAGAUGUAGCGCGUGGAUUACUUGGAAAAGUUCUGGUUAGGAAGCUACCUGACGGUGAUCUUCUCAGGGGUGUCAUCGUUGAGACAGAAGGCUAUCUGGGCAUUCAUGAUCGCUGUUCGCACUCUUACGGUAGUAAAAAAACCGACAGAACCAAGCCCAUGUUCAUGGCACCCGGUACGACGUAUGUGUAUCACAUCUACGGGAAAUAUUUUUGCUUCAACAUUUCGAGUGGUGGUGAUGGAGCGGCAGUGUUGAUUCGCGCAGUGGAGCCUGUAGCAGGAUUUUCUUUCAUGCGAAGCAUGCGAUUUAACUCGUUGAAACCGCUUCCUGGGAAGUUUCGGAAAGAACUGAAGCAAGCAAAACUUUGUGAUGGCCCUUCCAAACUAUGUUGUUCAUAUGCUUUCACGAAAAAAGAAUUUAAUGCGGUUGACCUUAGUGUAAGUGAAUCGGUUUGGAUAGAACCCGGCGAUGAUGUUCCCAAAGAAAAGAUUGUAACGUGCAAGCGCAUUGGAGUGGAAUCGUAUGGGUACGAGUGGUCAUCGAAGCCAUUGCGUUUUUACAUACACGGAAAUCCUGCCGUCAGUAAUAAGGAAAAGGACGAGGUGCCAAAGGACAAAAGUGUUCGCAAAGAUGUGCGGAAACGACCGGUUAAAGCUGUUGCAAAAGCUGAAGAAAUGACCGAGACAGAGAAACGCCAGGAGAAGCAGAUUGAAAAGGAACAACUUCAAGAAAUCUACCGACUCAUGAAGUCGGAAGAUGAAAAAUUCGGGAAAAUUUCGAUGUCAGACGUUGUGUUUCCAAGUUGUGACAUUGAAAGGUCUACCUCCUACUCAAGAAUGAAGUCGUUGUUUGCUACCGUCGUAAUUUUUGUCGGCUUUUUGUCUUUCUUCGACCAUGCCAAUGCUAUCAACUGCAUGAACUGUUGGGGGAAAGAGAGUUGCGAGAAACCGCAAACAACAGAAUGUGCGAAAGUAAUCUCCCGGUGCUUGACUGUGUUCUUGGACAAAAAUAUGGAGGAUCUGAAGUACAAGGGCUGCGCUCCCCCGGGUUCGUCAGAUAGCCUGGGUUGUGAUGAAAUGUUAGGAUCUUCCGCUGAUUUCUUGGAGAAAGUCUUCAAUACCAAAGUGCCGCGAGGAUAUCAAUGCACUUGCACUGGAGAUUAUUGCAACGGAGCCGCUCGUGCCGGUGGUUUGUCUGCUUCCGCAUUAAUUGCCCUGCUGGCUGUUAAUGGAUUCGUCGCGUUCAGAUAUAUCUUCUGAGAACCUCAUGAGGAUUGUUUGAAAUCUGAGUGAUUGGGCAGUAAUCAUCCCACUGAUAGAUAACGUAUAAGACCAUGAAUGCGUAAUUUCCCCAGAAAUGAGAUAAGUCAUACUGUGGUAAAAAUUAUGUACUCGGGCUUAUUUUCAGAUUAUGGGCCACAAUUUUGGAACAAUCAAUAUGUACUCGAAUUUAGUUGUAAUCCAUUCACUAUUUUCAGUUUUUGUACCCUUUAUUUUAUUUUCAAGAGUUUUAGUACAGUACUUUCGAUAUUCUGGUUUCGAUAAUUAAAUUUCCACUACGCAGCAUUUGAAUACAUUUAUAAAUUAUUUUGACUGAAGCUCAUACCCGAAUUUGGGCUACCGUAAUACUGAGUAGACUCGAGGGAAUUCAGUAAAAUCUUCCCGAAGUCUUUUUUGUCUUGAUUGGGUCAUAUUUUUUGGGAAUCUCGGUUAUGGAAUUCAGUUGCAAUUGUGUUUUGAGUGGGAGGAAUCUUAUUCAUUCGCACCGUUGAGAGCUAGUCGCUCACUAGAACCCAGUGUGGCUUUUUUUUUUCUUUUGUAUGUUUUUUAAACCUGUGAAACGUUUGGCAUUCAGCGCUCAGGACAAUAUUCCCGUGAAAGUAUUCUUUUGGUGGUGCCAAAAUACAUUGACCUGGUGUACAGUUUAGGAUUAGGUAACAAAAAUGCUUCUGUUGGUCUUCCCGUUUCUAUCGUUGUGUGACAACUUUUAUUCCUUCCACGCGCCUUGAAUGAAAUACAGUACUGUCAAGACGUGAUGUAAGUAGGCAGCCCUAAUUCAUGUCCCUUUGUUUCUUCGUUGAUUUGACAAAGAUCAAUUAUUCUUGAAAUACUGUUUGCUCGAACAAAUUUAUUGAAAAUUUUAGAUGAAUCGUAAAAAUUCAGGAGCGGAAAUGGCCUCAUUACUCGUCGGGUGUCUUCGACAGCUUUUUUUGAGAGGUGUCUUAGCAAUCUAUCUAACCCGUCCAAUAUACUCGCAUUUGCCUGGCGAGAGUGGUAAUUAAGAAAGAAAAACUAACCAUCCAGCUGUUCUCUUAAUUUACGGCAAUUUUCGUGAGCAUUCGCUGCCAAGAGAGUUGAUGUACGAGAAUCUUACAUCCUGUGCCUGUAUCACUGAAUUGUCUUGCCUUAUUUGCGUGCUGCUGGUGCUGUUCAUGUUGUGAGAAAAGUUUUUCUUUUUUCAAUUUGAAUUGACCGUGCAAUUCAUGAUGGUUCCGACUGUUACGUCCUUGAUGUACUGUGCUGAACACAAGCUUCCAGCAGUUGUACUAUUGUUUUUGAAUGCCUGCAUUGUCUUAUGAUCAAAUUGUGGUGCUUUCUGUUGAGCCGAAUUAAUGUUUUUCCUGGUGUGUGAAAUAUAGCGUGGUAGAAAUGAG